GCGACGAUGCAAGGAUCGCAGAAGAACACGGUGUACGUGGGAGUGUUGGCGGAGGAGGUGAACGAGUCGAUAUUGCACGCGGCGUUCAUACCCUUCGGUGACAUCAAGGACGUGAAGACGCCGCUCGACCAGGCCACCCAGAAGCACCGUUCAUUCGGUUUCAUCACCUUCCUCGAGAGGGAAGACGCCGCCGCCGCCAUGGACAACAUGGACGGCGCCGAGCUCUACGGCCGCGUCCUCACCGUCAAUUAUGCCCUCCCUGAGAAGAUCAAGGGUGGCGAGAUAGGCUGGGCUGCUCAGCCAAUUUGGGCGGAUGCUGAUACUUGGUUUGAGCGGCAGCAGCAAGAGGAGGAAAUGCGUCGAAUUGAAAUGGAGAAUCGCGCUGCAAUGCAGGCUGCAGAAGACUUGCACAGGAAACAAUUAACCGAAGAGCGAGAAGGAGAAAAGGAAGAGGAAAUUGAGAUCAAAGAUGAUCCUAUGGGAAAGGCUGAAGCAGAGGUUCUUCAACAGAAUAACCAAUGAUUUAUUAUCAGUAGUAACCAAAGGG